UCUCUCUGUAUCUUCUCUCCACACACACAAGUGCCACAUAACCGCGGAGGAACCAUCUCCAAUAGUCUCCAUUUCUUCACACAUCUUCAAAUUUCAUUGAACACUCAAACAAUACUCGUACAAUCCUGAAUUUCCCCGCUUUAACGAUAAUUAGCAAAUAUAAUCACAUUCUUUUAGCAUGUUCACGGAUAAAACUACGAUCUUUACCCCCACAUUCCAUUUUCUCUUCAUCAUCCUUUCUGAUUAUGUUCUUAAUUGAAUUGACGUAUUGAUUGGAUUUAACUGCUAACUGCUCUAUUUUGCAUCAUGGGUCGAUUCCCAUUUUGUUUAAAAUUAGGAGGAAUUAAAGUUAUAGAAUUCAUGCCCUAUUUAUCAUCCAAUCUUUGCCCAAAAAGGGCAAUUUCUUUUUCAAUUUCACCCCAUCAAAACCCAAUAGUAUCAUGUAGAAUGAAGUUUCCAGAAUUAAGAGUUUAUCAUCAAAGGAUUCUAGGGUUUUCUUCUGUUGCAGCAGGAGAGAGAAUUGGAAGUGUGUGUGAUGAUAAUCAAAAUUCACCCCCAGGUGAAAAUGAAGGCGGGUUUUUGAAAUUAACAGAUGAACAGUUGAUGGGUCAAUGUGAAAUGGAGACUUUCAAGUCUUCCGGGCCAGGUGGGCAGCAUCGGAACAAGAGAGAGACUGCUGUUCGUCUUAGGCAUCUUCCUACUGGGGUUAUUGCUCAGGCAGCUGAGGAUCGGUCACAGCAUAUGAAUCGUGCCUCGGCAUUGGUGCGGCUUCGCUCUCUUUUAGCUCUUAAAGUAAGAAGACCUGUGGAUCUCGAUGCUUAUUCUCCUCCACCAGCCCUUCUUCAAAUUCUUCCAACAAAAUCUACUAUCAGGGGAUCAGAAUGCGGUCCACAAAUUAAAUCCAAUAAUGCAAAAUUUGUUGAGGGAAUGCAAGGAUUAUUGGAUUUAAUCCAUGCAGUUGGAGGUUCCGUCUCAGAUGCUUCUAAGCACUUAGGGAUGAGCACAGGGGCACUGUCGCGGCUCAUUCUCUCUGAUGACGACCUUCGAGCGGCAGUUAAUGAGUUAAGGGCUUCAAAGGGAAUGAAGCCUCUUAAAUAGCAUCAACUUGCCAUCUGACUUUGCUUCUAGAGCCACUACUGUGUAAGUCUUACCAACUAUUGUGUUAUUUAAGCGUUUCUCUUUUUAUCUUAUUUUGUUUGAAUUUGUGUCUGGAUUUUGGCUUAAGAUCGACAACAGCAGUCACAGUCAAACCUUUCUCCUAACGGACAUAGAUGUUUUCUUUUUGGUUUCCAUGAUAUCCAAACAUACUGACAAUUUCAGGAUUAUAUUGAGUGCUGAUGCUUCCCCUGGUGUUGAAAAGUGAAAACUGGACCUGCGCAGGCUGGUUCACCCAGGAAAAGAUCAAAAUAGGUCCAUUUUGAAAGACUGAACCGGAUUCUACCGGCACCUGAUCAGAUACUCCAUGGUUUAACCAAUCAGUUGAUUUUGCAAUUGGAACCAGGCUACUUACUGCCCCUCAUUACUGGUUAAGAGUGACUGAUGCAGCAUGCAGGCAUUUGGCGCUUACAGAUUCCUAUCAACAGCAGUUGAACUGCUAAAAAGCUUGGAUGACAACUCCAAUCGCUUCUCGAUUCAAUUUUUGGAUUAGUAGCUUCUGCUCUGCUCUGUUCUGUUCAUAAAUUAAGUAACAUAAAUUUUAUGUGAUUAAUACUUGUAUUUCUUUGAUAAUGGUCAAAUGUUGAACUAGUUUAGUUGUGGGCUAACUUGGUUAAAAAACACAACAUUGUUUCUGAAAAAUACUUUUAAUUUUAGCGAUUGUGGAGUAUUUAACAA